CCGUCCGGCCACAAGACCCGGGCAAGCCCCCCAGCCGCGUCUCUUGUGCUGGAUCCCAGCCCGCCCCUCCCGCGAGACACGCACGCACCUUUCCCGCGGCCCGGCCGCUCGGCCACCGUGGGAAUUUCGCUUGCGGCUGUUUUCCGGCUUCGCAAGGAGGGACCCCAGCGACGCCCGGCUGCUGAGCUCCCCCUCGGCGUCUAAAGCAUGAUGUAGCCCCCCGGCCGAUGCUCUCCUCUCCCCCGAAAGCCCGCCGGGGCGUCCUCUGGGAUCUUGGCCCAAGAAGCAUGGAGGAGAAGGAGAACAGGUGAAGAUAUCCUGUUUGGAAGCUUGAUUACCCUGUUACAGCCUUACAGAGACAAGCAAUGCCUGCGGGGAUGAAUAAGAAUGGAUCUCGAUCUACUACCUCUUUGCCUCCAGAUCCCAUGGACAUUGUUAGGAGCAAGGCCUGCUCCAGAAGGGUCAAGCUUAAUGUCGGUGGCUUGGCUCACGAGGUCUUAUGGAGAACUUUAGACAGGCUGCCACGGACAAGGUUGGGUAAGCUCCGAGACUGCAACACCCACGAGUCCCUGAUGGAUAUAUGCGAUGACUACAACUUGGAGGAGAACGAGUAUUUCUUUGAUAGGCACCCUGGGGCGUUUACUUCUAUCUUGAACUUUUACCGCACAGGCAAGCUGCACAUGAUGGAGGAGAUGUGUGCGUUGUCCUUCAGCCAGGAACUGGACUAUUGGGGGAUCGAUGAAAUCUAUCUGGAAUCCUGCUGCCAGGCGAGGUACCACCAGAAGAAGGAGCAGAUGAACGAGGAGCUCAAGCGGGAAGCAGAAACAAUGCGGGAGAGGGAAGGCGAGGAGUUUGACAACACCUGCUGCGCAGAGAAGAGGAAAAAACUCUGGGACCUUCUAGAGAAGCCAAAUUCUUCUGUAGCGGCCAAGAUUUUGGCAAUCAUUUCCAUCAUGUUUAUUGUCCUCUCCACGAUUGCCUUGUCACUGAACACCCUUCCUGAGCUCCAAGGCACAGAUGAAUAUAAUCAUCCCACAGAUAACCCCCAACUGGCCCACGUGGAGGCAGUUUGCAUCGCCUGGUUUACAAUGGAAUACCUCUUACGGUUCCUGUCCUCACCUAAGAAGUGGAAGUUUUUCAAAGGUCCACUGAAUGCCAUUGACUUGUUAGCCAUCUUACCCUACUAUGUCACUAUCUUCCUCACAGAAUCGAACAAAAGUGUACUUCAGUUCCAGAAUGUUAGAAGAGUGGUUCAGAUAUUCCGUAUCAUGAGGAUACUCAGAAUUCUAAAACUUGCCCGACACUCUACAGGUUUGCAGUCCUUGGGAUUUACAUUGCGAAGAAGCUACAAUGAACUGGGACUGCUCAUUUUAUUUUUGGCCAUGGGCAUUAUGAUCUUUUCUAGCUUAGUUUUUUUUGCAGAAAAAGAUGAGGAUGAUACAAAAUUCAAGAGCAUCCCAGCAUCUUUCUGGUGGGCAACUAUAACCAUGACGACAGUUGGCUAUGGAGACAUCUACCCUAAAACACUCUUAGGUAAGAUUGUUGGUGGGUUAUGCUGUAUUGCUGGUGUCUUGGUGAUUGCCCUACCCAUCCCAAUCAUUGUAAAUAACUUCUCUGAGUUCUACAAAGAACAGAAGAGGCAGGAGAAAGCCAUCAAGCGCCGAGAAGCCCUUGAAAGAGCCAAAAGGAAUGGCAGCAUUGUGUCCAUGAAUAUGAAGGACGCUUUUGCCCGUAGCAUAGAAUUGAUGGACAUAGUGGUGGAAAAAAAGGCAGACGAGGGAGGGAAAAAAGAUAAAGUUCAGGACAAUCAUUUAUCCCCAAACAAGUGGAAAUGGGCGAAGAGAUCGUUGUCUGAAACCAGCUCCAACAAAUCGUUAGAGACCAAGGAACCACAAGGAUCACCUGAGAAAGCGAGGUCGUCUUCCAGUCCUCAGCACCUGAAUGUCCAACAGCUGGAAGACAUGUACAACAAAAUGGCCAAAGCUCAGUCACAGCCAAAUCUCAACACUAAAGAAUUGGGCCAAUCUAACAAGCAAAAAGAAGAACUAGAAAUGGAGGCGAUCCCUGGCCCGAUGGUUCCUUUGCUGACCACACGUGCAGAUGGAGUAAUUGAUAUGAGGAGCAUGUCUAGCAUUGACAGCUACAUAAGCUGCGCCACUGACUUUCCUGACUCUGGGCGAUAUUCUCACAGUCCCCUGACUACACUGCCGAGCAAAGGUGGGAUAAAUCCAAUUCACGAUCCCUAUCGGCUAGAAGGGAGCGGGGCUAAAUUCAUGGAGAUAAAACCAAAUCUAGAAAGUGGCCGUUGCUCUGCCUUUUUCAUAGAAAGCCCCAAAAGUUCCAUAAAAGUUACGAAUCCUAUGAAGUUAAGAUCUCUGAAGGUUAACUUUAUGGAAGAGGACGUCAGCUCGAUCGGAUCAGCGGCAUCGAAUGUCCUGAGAAUUUAUCCAGAUUCCCUCAAGAGUAGAGGAGUUACAGGUGCAACCACAGAUAGUUCCAUACGUUCUGAUCGAUCCUUGAUGAGUCCAGAAAGCUCUCUCUACACUACAGCAAGUACAAGAACACCCACAAAGUCACCAGAGAAGCAGGCAGCAAUAGUUUUCAACUUCCAUGAUGCCGGAAUACAUAAAUACAUUGACGCCGACACUGAUGACGAAGGUCAACUACUGUAUGACUCAAGUCCUCCAAAAGCCCCACCUGGAAAUACAAGUCCCAAAUACAGCAUUUCAAACAGUGGUUAUUUAAGGCAAAGGGAUAAUGUUUGUAGAACAGACAAGAACCACUUAGAGACUGCUGCGUUACCCUCCUCACCCAAGCUCGUAGGGCAGAAUUGCCUUUAUUCAAUGGAAAGUAUCACUGGAAGAACCCGUGGUAACCGGGGAAGUAUCAGAUUAGAGAAUCACAUUUCACCCGAGGUUCACAUAUUGCCGAGUGGAGGAGGAGGAGGACAUGGUAACACUCACGGUCAAAAUAUCUGACAUGUGCUCCAGAACUUUUGUUGAAAGCUGAAACAAACAAACAAAAAGGGAAUGCCUUUACACUCGACACACAGAGAAGAGCUUCUGCAUGGCAUGAACUUUUGACUGAAACAAGCCACCUAUUUUGUAAAAGCCAAGAGAAUGCCCUUAAGGUGAACUGGAGAUAAGACUUCCUCUGGAACCACUGCAAGGUUUUGCCCCCAGUCCAGCUACAGUCGUCAAUCAAACUGAAGACUGUGCACCUUGGUCAUGCUCACAUCGAUCUCCUUUUACUUCCUUCAUUGAAGUCAGUGUGACCAAAUAUUUCAUUUGCUCCCUCUUUUUGAUGGAACCUUUUUUGUGGCAAUGGCAGUAGUCUAAUUUGCAUUACCCCUUAAAGAAGGCCACGGCAGCCGAAUCAAAUACUGGAACAAAUGGGUAGAUAUGAAAUGCUUAUCACUGUUUGCUUAGGGGUAACUGUUCUAAUCAUCCUCAUCUAUGCCUUUUUCUCUGAUGGAUAUACAAGGUCUAAAGGUAACAGGGUGUGCUUGGAUAGGUUUAUGGUUAGGUUGCAGUUUUAGUGAACUGAGUGUUUCUAGAGAAAUAAACUGUUCAAAUUCCCUGUGUGUGUUUAAUAUACACCAAGACCUGCAGUUUCAUUUCUUAAACCUCAGCAGGGUGAGUUGCACCACUUGUAUUCUGAACCCAAAAAAUAUAUAUUUCCAUCCCAUCAAAAUUAUGUAAAUUUGUACUCAAUACUGCUAAAAGUCACACCAGGUCUGAGAUUAGGAGUUUUUAAAACUGGGACUAGAAAGGCAAUUUCACAAUUGAAAAGACAGUGGGGUGCAUGAAGUAGCUGUCCAAAAAUAGGAAUCUUGUGAAGGUAUGCCUGUGGUGUUAUGAAUAACACAGAGUUCUUGGAAAUGAACAUUUUUGGUUUUGCCCUUUUCUGUUUGUGUUGAAGGGGGAUCCUUAGAUAGCGUUACCAAACACCAACAGAUUUGUGAACAAAAGGAAAGCACAGCCACUGAAGAUUCUCACUAUGGAGAAAACAAUGUGGCAACAGUGAGAUGUGUGUCCAUAUUGGGUAGGUGAAGAACUCCAGCACAAAGGCAGCUAAAAUAAAUAGCAGGAAAAAGACGCAUUUGCUGGUUCCUCCCUGAAUUAUUUGCACCCCGUCAGUGCUUGUUCCCAAUCUGUUCACCAGGCUAGAGGAAUGCGUCUGUGACAUUUUGCACUUAAAUAGCGUAGAGUGAAAAGAUAUGCAAGUGUUAAAUAAAUACGUGCAUAAAUAUGCAAGGAGAGGGAGAGCGUCGUCCCUAAGCAACAAGCCUGAUUCUCUUUUCCUUUGGAAUGGGAUAAAUCAAGAUCCGCUCCAGCGGAGUUUUGCAGACAUAAAACAGGCAUAAAAUGGGAAGCGAACUGAAGCGAACAUCUUAAAUAGUUUCAGCCGUUUCAUUUUUAAACUGAACGCUUCAAUCAAAACUAUAAUCAGCACCAGCUUGGAUUUAUAAUUUAUACUGUUAUACUAAAUGUAGUACCAUUUAAUUUUGUUGGUAUUAAAAGCACUUUAUGUUGAUUUUAUGAUUGCUUUUUCGGGGGGGAUGAGUGGAAUAGAAAGCAGAGAGAAUGUAAUUUUU